UCUUUUGACCUUUACUGUGAACAUUUUGUCCCUCUGUGAGCGCUGAGCUUUCCUCCCCCAUUCUGAUCUCGCAUCUCCAAUUGGUUCUAAUCUCAAUGCGCCUUAGAGGCCUUCUCAGCCUAUCCAGCCCUACGACGCGACGCGAGGGUCUUCUUCGAUCGAGCAGCCCCACGGCUCGGAACAGUCCGUGUUCAGCUGGCAGCGAGUGUGGAAGUGAUUUUCCGUUGCACCUUGUACCUACCUACCUACCUACCUACAGCGUACCAUUUUCGCGCGAUUUUCGAGGUGACGACGACUUUGGAAAAUAUCCGCUUGGGUGGACACCAGCCAAUAAGUGAAGUGCCAGUUAGUUAGUUAAGCCGUCCAGUUUGAGGGACUCGAAAUCGAAACCACCGAAUAAAGGUGUUUGCAUCAGUUCAGCGGUGGAUCGAAGACGACGUGGACGCGCGGUGGCGACUUCUUCGGUGGAGGUCGUUGUGUAAUAAAUGGCACAGCUGCGGCAGCCGCGACGGCGGCUUAGUGAAAUAUAACAUCGCGCAAAUAGGAAUAAAUUAAGGUUUUUCUUUAAUUGUUAGCUGGUAAACGCUGCUUCUACGUACGUUGAUCGAAGUACUUUUGUGGAAUGUGAAAGGUUGUGCACAGUAUGUGAGGAAGAGUUUUUCGAAAAAAAUUCAAAAUUAGUUCACCAAUAACGCACAAGCGUCCUAACUGUUAAGCCCCCAAAUAGUGCGCCAAAACAUCUGUUUCAUAAUAGAAAAAGAUUGACAAUCGUCGGAAGGAGAUAAAACAACCAAGAUUACCGAAGAGUAACCCAAAAAACCAGCACAUAACAGAACAUCCCGAACACCUGAAACUGUAUUGUGUAAUGUGCGUCUGACAAUGUCGCGAGUGGUUUGAGCACAGGCGCGAAGAGAACUCCGACUAAAAUUGUAGGAAAUUACGGCUUUAAUUGAAUAGAGGAAAAACAGUUCGGAUGUGAAUCGCGCCAAAGAACGAGAAUAACAACGGCAGAAGGGUGGUGGUGAGAGCGCAACACUUCAGACAACACAAUCUCUAGCUGCGGCAGUUCUUGAUCCAGUUGUUAGCGGCUGCGGCGGCGGCGGCGGCGGAAGAAAGCACUGAGUACCUCAAAAGAUCCGUCACGGUGGGAAGGAAUUGUAGGUUGUCACCACACAUUUUACGGGCGCGCGCGAUGGACUGUUUCAACGGCGGCGGGAUUUGAUGGAUGGUUAUAGUGUAAAGUGAUCUGUCGCGGUGGCUUAUUUUCAUGCGAAGGAGGAAAAAUAGCAACAUUCUUGGAGGGUAGUGAAGUGCGAAAUAAAAAACUUAUUGAGGUUAACCUUUCAAAGUGGUGACACGAAGAAAGACUUGUGCUGUAGAGGUUAACACAAUGAAGAUGAAGGAAAGGUUACGUCACGUCGGGUGGUAUGCUUUCGUCAUAGCGGCAGCACAGACAAUUGUCUUCACGCAAUCGGCGGACAGUGGCAGUUCAAGUGCGACCACGGCAGUUCCUGUGAGUUUCCAAAACAGCAUCAGCAAUGGCACCUACUACAGCACACAUGCCCUCACAUCAGCGGUCACGGCACCAGAAGCCCUGACGACCGCCAACCGAGGGUCCAUCUCGUCGACGGUGGCGCCAAAAGUCCAACGAAAACGUGGCAGCUCCGGCAAAAAAAGUAUCGUCGUCAGCCAGCCCAUUGACACCGUGAACAGCUCGCGCGAAUCUCUGUCCCACGAGGGCAGCGAACCGGUGGUGUACGUGUCGGACACCGCAGGAUAUAUUCCCUUAACGUCGCUGCAAGCUGCCACCCACCAACGAUUGCCGCCCGCCUAUGGAAGUGAUAUUGAUCCUGCGUGGCGGCCAGAUCCCUGGGACCGGGACUACAACCGACGGCAUCGGUUCAAUAAUACGAGAGUUCAACAUAUUGAAGCCGAAUGUCAGGAUGACUACAUGAAAAUUAGAAUUGGUUUCAACGGUUCUUUCAGCGGACUGUUAUAUUCUUCUGGCUACGCUUACGACCCGGACUGUAUGUACAUCAAUGGAUCCGGUCGGGACUAUUACGAAUUUCUGAUCCAGUUGAACCGAUGCGGCACGCUUGGGAAGAAUGCUAACGGCGACGAUAGUCGCAAAAAUCCUACGAAAAACUUCAUGUGGAAUACGGUGACGGUGCAGUACAAUCCGCUGAUCGAAGAAGAGUUCGAUGAGCAUUUUAAGGUCACUUGCGAGUAUGGGUAUGACUUUUGGAAAACCGUAACCUUUCCGUUUCUCGACGUUGAAGUUGCCACCGGAAAUCCCGUAGUGUUCACGUUGAGCCCUCCAGAAUGUUACAUGGAAAUCCGAAACGGAUACGGAACUAACGGGGCACGAGUGACCGGUCCGGUACGAGUUGGUGAUCCGUUGACGUUGAUCAUUUACAUGAGAAGCAAAUAUGAUGGAUUCGAUAUUGUGGUGAAUGAUUGCUUUGCACACAAUGGAGCCAAUAAGAGGAUUCAACUGAUCGAUGAGUAUGGAUGUCCUGUGGACGACAAACUGAUUUCCCGCUUCCGAGGUAGCUGGUCUGAUGGAGGACUGUACGAAACGCAGGUCUACGCUUACAUGAAAACGUUCCGAUUCACCGGCUCUCCUGCGCUGUACAUCGAAUGCGAUGUCCGAAUGUGUCACGGCCGCUGCCCAAGUCAACCAUGCCACUGGAGAAACCUCAAAGGAAUAGCUAAGCGAGAUGUUCCACAAGAAAACAACUCAACUCUGUCAGACAACAUCAGUUUGUUCCAAGCUCUUCGAGUUCUGCAGGAGGAAGAUGACGAUGAAAAAAUCAAAAAGGAAGCUGCCACGGUUGCCAGACCCCAAGACGCAUCGGAGACAUGCAUGAAGACUUCCUUACUAUCCGCAAUGCUAGCGACCUGUUGUGUAGUUUUGUGCGUUCUGUCGGGCUCUCUUCUAGCAGCAUGUGCCAAACUGAGGUACCGUAAGAAAGACGAAGGCUUUUUUAACGCUUACGUAGGUCAUAAGGCUCAAUUGGAUUGAAAGAAAUACAUUGGACCUGAACAAAACAUACAGUCUUACCUGAGAAUCGUCUAAAAUUACAAGAAAUGAUAAGAAUUCAGCUAUAGAAAACAUAUUGAACUCGUCAGGCAAUAUUGUGUUAGUAAAUUGGGAAUCAUUUAAUAUUCAAUUCAAGGCAUCGUUCAACCUAAAUUGCUGAGCAUCCAUUCUAAAAUCCACUGUGAUUUUUGUCACUACAAACUACAUGAAGUAUUACAAUAGAUACCAUACAAACCCGUCAAUAAUGGAUUUCCAGUUCAGUUUAUCAACAGAUAAAACUUAUCAGAUAAUUUUCAGUAGAUCUUAGGUAUAACAAAGAUAAGGGAAAAGAUAUUACAAAUCUAUUUUUAAAACUAGGAAAAGAAAGAUAGUCAAGUGACUGUGGGCCUACGUGACUGGUCUUCGCUUGGGCCCCACUUUCUUGACACAGUCUUCAACGAAUGGUCUGAUAUGAAAAUUUUCAAAGAUUUUCUUAAGUUUAAAUCUCGAAUGCAAUGAAACGUAUGCGAUAUAUCUUAGCAGCUAGUUGAUAAAAAACGAAAGUACUUUUCCUACUUUGAAAUGUUGAUAUUUUAAAGCAGGAAGAGUUUCAAAGACACACUUACACUAGGGAUCUUUUGAGAAUUAAUUUCUUUCUAAUAACAUGUAAAUAUAAUUUUGGAGCUUCUGUGUAUUUCAAAUUUAUUUUCGUUAAUGGUGCUUUUUUAAAACACACUUUCUUAACUAUUAAAAAAAGACAUAUUAGUUCUUUUACACUUAAAUAUCUUUAAGUUAGUUUCAUCGUUAAGUGUAAAUAUACUCGUAACAAAUUUCAU